GGGUGAGGAGGGAGUGAGCAUUUUUUAAACGUACAUACAACAUUGGCAUGUGUGCCUUCAUUGAAAAGAAAACAGAAACUUCAGUAAACAACUAGAGAAAAUUGAUGCAACAAAAAAGCCCUUUUGUAAAACAACAUUGGGUGUUAUUUAUUAAAUUUUUAUGAUGAAUUUCUCAUUAUGGAACAAAUAUCUAACUUUUAUACUGAGAAGCAAGUUAGGUAAUUUGUAUGUACAAAAAAGUAACACAAAAUUUGUGGUGGCAUCUAUGGAUUAGUAAGGCACGUGGUUAGUGGAUGUACAGUUGGAAGCAUGCAUCAUUCGUGUUUGGUGUAUGACAGUGCAUGACAAUGAUUUCUUCUGGAAAUCUAAACAACAUGCCUUCUGGUCUUGAAAUACUUUGGUUAGAACUUCACAUCAUGUUAGAAAGUACUCAAGAAUGGCUGAAAAAUAAUCAGAUAGUGCAGCGUUGGUUGGAAAUGUGUCAGGAAUACCCCAUUCUGUCAUUGUGUGUAACAAUAACUGCUAGUUUGUGCUCGAUACCACUGAUAGCAUUUGCUACUUUCAUUCUGGGAGUAAUGUUAGCCUUGUUAUUGGCAUUUUUAUUCAUUGAAGGAACACUCUUGAUGGCAGGUUUGGUUCUUUUGAGUGGGGUACUCAUGGUGAUCAGUGCUGCUGUAGUCAGUAUUGGAGCUUCAGCUGUAGCUAUUCUAGCUGUGUGCAACAGACUACAACAUCUGGUGAUGGGAGUGAAGAAGACAGUGACUGAAGAUGGAGUGACACCUGCUUACUCUACCUCAGACAAUUUUCAAAGAGCCCCAGAAAAAGGACUUUAAACAUUUAGAAUGAUAAUACAAGCUUGAACAUGUAUAUUAUGAUAGUUUUGCCAAAUGACUUUAGAAAUGCUGAAAUCUUAAAUUGUGCACAGUCAUAAUUAAGUUAAAACCUUUAACCAUAUAUAUACCUUAAGAAGAAUCUUGUUUGUUCAUAAAAUAUAUUGCCAGUUAACUUUAUUUUAACUUUGGAACUCUCUUCUUCAAACUUAGAACUUUCUAGUUGCAUACAAUUUAAUAUUAGAAUGAAGAUAUUGGUUUUUGUUUAUUGUAUAUUUAUGGAUUAUUUAUUAAUAUGUAAAUUUGAUUAAUUCCAUGUUUGAAAUCAAAAUUUUGAUUUAAAAGAAACUUUUCAUAAUAUCCAUAAGUUAUGUAUAAAGAUACAAUUCCACAAAUGAAAUUAUCACUUACAAGCACAAAUUUAAGUAUACAAAUCUUCUGUGUGACAAAAUAUAGCAGCAAGUAUGCUUGUUACAGUCAUAUAAAUUCUGUUUCCUAUAAAAUUUGUGUAUCGAUGUGAGAAAUAUAUGGAAACAAUCUGGGUGAAGUUUUUGCACUUAAGUUUUUCACCCCCCCCCCCAUUUCUGUUUUUAAAGGGGCUAAAUCUGUGUAAAUCUUUUAAAGUGUUCCAAUUUAAUUUUGAAUGUGCCUCAAAGUAAGGGAAUCUAGUAUUGAUAUGAUUAAAAAAAAAAAGUUUGCAUAUAUAUUUUUCAAUAUACAGUCCUGAUAUUUUUGUCUUGCAGCUGUCUGUGACAUAAAAAUAGUAAAAACCUUUUUUGCUUUGUUUAAUAUAGUUCACAAAUUUUUAUGCUCCGUGUAGCUGUUUAGUUAAAAACAUAUUUGUCAAACAGUUUGUAUAUAUUUAAAGUUCAUGUUCUUGUACUGUAAGUAAUCAAAUCUUACUAAAAUUAAGAUGAGCAUGAAUAUGUGUGUAUGUAAUCCAUAGUUCAAAUCAUGUAAAGACCUAACCAAAUUAAUUCUACUUUAUAGUUUUAUAUAUUUAAAGUUCAUGUUCUUGUACUGUAAGUAAUCAACUCUUACUAAAAUUAAGAUGAGCAUGAAUAUGUGUGUAUGUAAUCCAUAGUUCAAAUCAUGUAAAGACCUAACCAAAUUAAUUCUACUUUAUAGUUUUUGAGUUAAACUAAGUUUAUUGUAUGUAUAUAUUUUAUAUUUAAUAAUUGGCCAAUUAAAAAAUUUUUCACAUAUU